AUUUAUAAACAAAACGUGCGCGAACGCCGCCUGUGUCGACGCCCGCUGCGCGCGACCGUGCCGUGAUUUUCGUGAAACGUGAUUUUUUGUGAUGCAAGUUUAGUUUUUUUGAGAUAGUGGCAGUAAAUAAUAUACAAAAUGAUCCGGUCACCAGAUGAAUGUGCGUGUCCGAUUCAAGAGGUGGGUCCGUCGAUGGUGGGAUCAUGUCCCAGCAACGUGAUGCUGUUCAUGGCCAUUCUAGAGGCCUUUAUCAACGGACGAUGCGACUUAGCUGACCCUUGCAAAAGAGUCGUCAGUCAAGAGAACUUGGACGAGUCCUACGACUUCGUGAUCGCGGGCGGGGGCACCGCGGGGUCGGUUCUGGCGGGGAGAUUGUCGGAAAACCCACAGUGGAAGGUCUUACUCAUAGAAGCAGGAGGUGACGAGCCGACCCAGUCGUCGGUACCAUCGUGGGUGACAGCGUACUGGGGCCGAGACGAUACUGACUGGAACUACGUCACGGAACCGCAGGAGAAGGCGUGCCUGACUGAGGAAGGGAAAUGCUCGUGGACCAGAGCUAAGAUGUUGGGAGGCUGCUCUGUCACAAACGGCAUGAUGUACAUGCGAGGACACGCGGCGGAUUACGAUGGGUGGGCGAUAAAUGGGGCCAAGGGCUGGUCGUGGUACGAGGUGAUGCCGUACUUCUUGCGGAGCGAGGAUAACAAGGAGAUAGGCAGAGGAGUGUCUGGGCAGUACCACUCGGCUGGCGGGCCUAUACCGGUGCAGAAGUUCCGUUACGCGCCCAAGUUUGCGCACGACGUGGUGUCCGCCGGCAUCGAGCUCGGGUACCCGCCCACCAGUGACCUCAAUGGAGACACUAUCACCGGAUUCACUAUUGCCCAGACGCAGAAUGACAACGGAUCGCGGUACAGCGCCGCUCGUGCGUUCGUCAGGCCAGCCACCCACCGCGAGAACCUCCACGUGCUUUUAAACGCACACGUGGCGAGGAUAGUCAUCAAUCCUGCUACGAAGAAGGUCACUGGAGUGGAGUACAUUAAAAAUGGCGAGAAGAGAACAGUUGGUGUGAAACGGGAGGCAAUAGUCUCAGGUGGUACUAUCAACUCCCCUCAAAUCUUGAUGCUCUCUGGCGUCGGGCCCAAAGAGACUCUAGAGAGGUUCAAUAUCCCCGUCAUCAAGAACCUCCCGGGCGUCGGUCAGAACCUUCAUAAUCACGUAGGAGUCCACCUGCACUUCACUCUGACCAAGGAGGCUGAGAUCCCUGAGCUGAAUUGGGAGACCGCUAUGGAAUACAUGCUUCAGAGAGACGGGCCGUUAUCGGCUACUGGUUUGUCGCAGUUGACUGGUAUCGUGAAUUCCCGCUACGCCGCAGCUGGUGGCCGCCAACCUGACGUGCAAUUCUUCUUUGGAGGCUACUACGCGGGUUGCAGUUCAGGCGAAAUCCCUGAUCCCGAUAGUGUGGAAGAAAAGAGAUUAGUCGAGGUAUCAGCCAUCUGCCUCACACCGCGCAGCCGAGGUUACGUGACCAUCCAAUCCGUGGACCCUGAGCAAAAGCCUAUAAUGCAGCCCAACUACUUCUUCGAAGAACACGAGCUUAACGUUAUCGCCGACGCCGCUCGGAUCGCGUACAGGCUUGCUAACACUACGAUAAUGCGUGAAAAGUACGGCAUGAAGCCUUCAGAAGGGUACGGCGAGAAAGAAUGCGGGGAAGGGGGUGACAAUCCAUCGGAUGAGUUCUUCAAAUGCCUGGCGAUGCACUACACAGCGCCGGAGAACCACCAGGCCGGCACGUGCAAGAUGGGACCCGACACCGAUCCGAUGGCUGUGGUUGAUAUGCAGCUUAAGGUUCAUGGAAUUGAAGGUCUCAGAGUAGCAGAUGCAUCAAUCAUGCCAACGGUUGUGACUUCGAACACCGCAGCACCAACUGUGAUGAUAGCCGAGCGCGCAUCCGAGUUCAUAACGACUCGGUACCAGCUCGUCAAGAAACGCCCCAUAGAUGGGCUGAAUAACCGCUUUGGAGAUUCCGACGGUAGCGGGACGACCAGCAACGAAGGGUUUGGCAGUGGUAACUACGCCAGCAACGAAGCCAAAGAUGACAGAAUCACCGACAACCAAACGAAAGGCCAGGACAGAUGGGACCACCGAUGGAAGCCCUGGGACAGAGACUGGACGCAGUGGGACAAGCCCGUCUCACACAACGUAGAUUGGAACAAGAAACGCGGGGAUUACCCUCACAUAGGUUAUAAUUCUAGGUAGUAAGAUUUAAGUGAUGCAUUUAGGUUAAGAAAUAAAUAGUUCAAGUAUAUUACUUGUUGGAA